AUGUCUGCUCAAGAAUACAGCCUGCCUUCUGGAGUGUACACCCUCGAAAACGUCUCCACAGGCUCAGUUCUCGACUCUUACUGGGGUAAGCCCGACGAAGGCAACCCUGUUAACGGAUACCAGCCGCACGGCGGGCCUAAUCAACAGUGGAAACUUGAGUGGACCGGGUCCGGCUCAAAGUUCACUCUGCGCAACGUUAAAACCAACAAUUAUCUGUCGUACGGUCGCGCCCAGAACUCGGACAGGAUCGUCACUUCCAAGUCACCCAAGCAUUGGUUUAUAAUGGUCGCAGACAAGGGUUAUGCGGUGGCCGCUGCCGAGAAUCCGCUUUACGUUCUUGACCUGACGGAAAGCAACCCUGCCAAUGAAACGCCUUGUAUUCUCUACAACAACAAUGCCACCGACAACCAGAAGUGGCGCUUCCACAAGGUUUAG